GCUCUCGGACGCUCCCACUACAGAACUGUGCCUCUGGAUUUUCUCUCUGAUGCGAAAUCAGAUGCUUCUUUCCACCUGAAUAUGUGUAAAUGGCAACUCAGAGGCACUUUGAGGAUUAAAGAACUCAUAAAGCACAAUGACAUGGGGAGUUUCUAGCAUAAUCUCUUAUUUAACAAACAGACAGCUAAGAACCAGAAAAAGUAUUAUCCAGACCUCGUCAGUAAAGAUUAUUUAUGCACUGAGCACAUCUGAUUCACCGAGAUUAGAUAUAUUGACCACGCUUUGGAGUAGCCUGUGAUAUCUGUCCUAUCUACUUAUCUUCAGAUCCAUGGAUGAUUUGCCUUGGAAUGAAUGUGACCAACUUAGACAGGAAUUACCUGGCAGAGCUGGACUUUUUCAAGUACAUCAUGCAACUAAAAUACUGGGAAACCAAACUAAAUGAAACGUCAGGCCGGAAUGCAAAGAUCUCCAGAUUAAACCUGAAUAAAAUAUUAUCAACAUUUUCCACCCCAUCUUAAAGAAGCAAUGAAUUCAUCUGGCGGUGUGGAAGAUAUUAACUCAUCUCUACUAGGCUUUACAGUGCACAGCAAUCUGUCCAUACAGAUACUGGGAAAUGAUAGCCAAGAGUUGAAUCUUGAAGAACUGGAAAAAAUUUUAUUCCUCUUUGACAAAGAACCUAUUACGAUUAUUCUCACUACUAUGUAUGUCCUCUCAUUUGUUGUAGGCAUUAUCGGCAAUAUAAUGUCUAUUAAGGUUCUGACUGGAAAAAGAAGUGGAAGGACCUCUAGUUUAAGUGCCACCAGAAGCCUGCUUAUCAAUCUGGCUAUAUGUGACCUAAUGGUGGUUUGUAUCUGUAUGCCCAUUACCGUUGGCAACUUGAUUUACAAAGUAUGGGUAUAUGGAGAUUUUCUGUGCAGAGCAGUGCCUUUUAUCCAAGCCGUGUCUGUAUCUGCCAGUGUGCUUAGCCUAACAGUUAUCAGUGUAAACAGGUACUAUAAUGUACAUAACCCUCUUAAUGCCAGGUCUUUCUUCACCCAAAAGAAAAUAUUUUGUACCAUUGUAGUGGUGUGGGUAGUGUCUUCCAGUAUAUGCAUGCCUCUAAUAUUCAUGAAUAAAAGAGAUGAGAUAGCAAUCAUUCCAAGUUUGCCAUUUGUUUUCCCAAUCUGCCUAGAAAUAUGGCCCCAUGUUGUGUUCAAACAGGCAUAUAACUUCCUCUUGUUCUGUGCUUUGUAUUGCCUGCCAGUUCUCUUCAACAUGGUUAUUUGCUUCUUGACUAUACGCAAACUUUGGAGCUCUGCUUGUAAUUUCAAAGAGUGUGACUCAAGAAAUCAGUCGUUUCCAGUUUCCAGGCUCAAAGUCAGGAAGAAAAUUGCUAAGAUGGUGGUAGCCUUGGUAUCUCUUUUUGCAGUUUCCUGGUUACCGUUUUACAUGCUGGACAUCUGGAUUGAUUUUAACAUUCCCAAGCCAUCUCAGGUAGAUACUCCAUCACCUUGGAUUCUUCAUCUGAGACCAUUUGCUCAAUGGCUUGGACUCACUAACUCCAGUCUCAAUCCAAUCUGUUACUGUUUUGUGGGAGACCUGUAUAGGUCAGCCAAGCAAAUGAAGAACAUUUACCACAACAGAAUGAUUUCUCUCUUCAGCUUCUCAUUUUCGGAUGGAUCUCCGCACUCAAUGCCUAGGCUGCUCUCUUACAAAAACUCAGUAAGUUCAGCCAAGAACUCUAAAACCAGUUGUCCUCUAGCAAUGGGGGACACUUGCGAGAACUGCUACCCCAUGAUUAAUGUGUGUGAAUCUACUGCUGUAAAAUCCAUACCACCUCAUAAAUUAUGUUAAAGUCAAGAGUGCCAUUAUACUAAAAUGAUGGGCUUGGAAAUACAUAUUUUUUAAUAGUCUCAAAGAGCAAUGACUCAGAAAAAACCAUCCUGGAAAUAUUCAUAGUAAAUUGAUCACACUGUAAGUUAAAAAACAGAUUGACAGUGUCAGGAAAAUCAAAUACAGUUAUUUUUUUAAGUGCUUUAUUAAUUUGAAUGCAGUAUUUCAGUAAAAGUAAAAGUUUAUUGACUUGUCAAACCUCUUCCUAUCAAGAACUACAAACUCAUUAUUUGGGUAUGUCACAAAGAGCACACAAGUUGAAGAAAACUUUAAAAUGUGUGCUGCAACCAAUGUACAAAUGAUAUCAAUUUGGCCUUUAGAAAAUCAUAGCUGGGACAAAUAUACCACAAUAAACACAAUGCAGAAUACAACUGGACACACCAAAAUGGGAGUAAAAACAAUAGAAAAAAGUUUGUGGGUUCACAAAACUUAGGGAUGUUUUCAUUCUCUUAACUUGGGAAAUUCGGGAAUCUUAAAACACUCUGCACUCUAAUAAAGUAGGCUUUAUCAGUGUGUCUAGAUGUGUUCUGGAUAUGGAUAGAAGUGUGUGAAGGAUCCCAGAAGCUGUAGACCUGCAGAAAUGGAGCAACCAGCUUAUCUGUGAUUGGAAAGGGACGGUUUGCACUGGUUCCAUUUUGUUUAGUCCUUAUCAUGCAAAUAUUUAAUGCUUUUAAGAGUACAACUGCAGAGAAUUUUGAAUGUGUUUGGUGCUUUCUUUGUAAACAUAGCAUAGAUACAAUAACAAUGGACACUUUUGCCACUAAGCACUAAGGCAAUAAGAGCACCAAGACUUAGGGGCAGAUUUAUUAAAGGACAAAGUGGCUAACGCUAGCAACAUUUUUCCAGAAAUUGUAUCCGCAGGGACAUCUUCAAUUUACUAACAGGUGUAGGGGACAAUUCACUAGCGAAUGGGACCAUCACUAGCGUUCA